ACAGAAAACAUGGCUGCCGCCGAGUGCGCAGCAAACAGUUUGCGGAAAUGAGGUGCCCACGUUCUGCCACAGAGGAGAGCACCACGAUGAGGAGUCAGUAGGUACCCUCCAUAGUAUGGCCGCAUCCCGUUCUUCGCGUGUCACAAGAUCAUCAGUGGGGAUAAAUGGAUUGGACGAGAACUUUUGUGGCCGAACCCUCAGGAAUCGCAGCAUUGCCCAGCCGGAGGAGACUUCGCCGCCUUCCACACCCAGAUCUCGUUUGCCCUCGAAGAAGCAGGACAGCCAGCAGACAGGAACUCACUCGGGGAAGGUAGCCGAGGGAGAGACCUUUUUCAGCCCAAGGAAAAGGGGCCAGUCGGUCUCCGAAAAAGACGAGGAGAGGCCGGACACCUACGAAAGAGUUCGUGCUGGGGGAGGCCAGGACGCCUCCCCUCCUCUGAAGAAGGCUAAGCGCUGCUCUCGCUCAGGAGAAUCCCAUGGAACUGAGGAGGAACCUUCUCCCAAACCUGAGAGCCCUGAUUCUGCUGCAGCCAAGGUCAGUGAUGAGGACUGUAAAACGGACUCGGCUUUUAAAUCAGACCCGGUUUCAAAAUCACCCUCAGGCUCGGAACCUCCUCUCAGCCUUGACAAGGAGCGCGAGGAGGAAAAGAACGAACUCACGGAGGAGAACGUCUCUCUGUUGCAGGCCAGCGAUUCCCACAAGGCGACCAAUGGCCUGGCUGAGAUCCACAAUAAAGACUUAGAAUCUGCGGGUUUACCUGCAGAGCCCAGUGCCUGCCCUGCCACACCUACGAACUGUCCCUCACUGACCAAUGGCAGCCAGGUGGCAGCUUCAACUCUGGACCCCGUUGUGCCUUCUGCAUCCCCGCUUCAUGAGCGGGCGGACGUGUUCGAUGUCCCUCAGGCUGACGGAGAGAAAAACCGUUCACACGAGGAGGCCGCUGAAGCCGUGCUUUCUCUGGAGCCGGAGGUUGAGGUAGAGGUGGACGUGGUUGGGGACUCUGGCCAGGUCCAGAAUGACCACACUGUUGAGGAGAGUACCAACGGUGACCUGUUCGUGGAGCCGCAGGACCCUUCGGACGAUUGCUCAAAUAUCUCAGGGGAAACGGCAGGACUGGCCUCCCAGCUUCCCGCAGAGCCUCCUUCCUUCACAGAGCCUCAGGAACAUAGCUACACCUUGAGGACUUCCCCUCACCGCAACUCUUGUGUUAGCGGGCCCAGGUCCAGCUCCCCCAAGCCCGGUUCCCUACAUGCUGACAACGGUUUGCUGAAGGAGGAGGCCACCGCCAUUCCUCUCGACUUGGACGACUCGGCCUGCCGUAACGAACCUCAGAACCGUGGCCCGAGUCUUGCUAGCGAGGCCGACUGUAAAGACUCUGAACACUUACGGGCCAAGGACAGCGCAGAACUGGAUUUGUUGGAUAGCAGAGUUUCCAGAUCCACCAAAGAAGCUUCAGUCAGGCCGACGGAGGAGGACGAGACGGAGGAGGAGGAUCCCGAUGUCUACUAUUUUGAGUCGGAUCACUUGGCUCUUAAACACAACAAAGACUAUCAGAGACUGCUCCAGACCAUCGGUGUGCUGGAGGCUCAGCGAACACAAGCCAUCCUGGAUCUGGAGACGCUGGCUCGCCACCAGAAGAAGGCUCUGGUCAACCCCAUCGCCUUUGUGGACCAGCUUCAGAAACAGGCGGAACUGGGCUUGCCCUGCCCACAGAGAGUCGUCCAGCUUCCUGAAAUCGCAUGGGACCAAUACACCUCAGGCCGCGGUGACUUCGAAAGAGAGUUCUGCGACAAGAAGCGCAAGACGAGGCGGUUAAAGCUAAUCUUCGACAAAGUGGAAUUACCGGCAAGACCAAAAAGUCCAGUGGAUUCCAAGAAGGAGGGAGACAACUCCGCUUUAAAUUUGUCUCUACCGACCAGCGAUGCUCCAGAAAACAGCACGUCCAGCAACAGAGGACAGAUGAUCAGAGGAAGGCUGUAUCAUCAGAGCAAACCAGAAACGUUUAACCAGCUCUGGACGGUGGAAGAGCAGAAAAAGCUGGAGCAGCUGCUUCUCAAGUUCCCGCCCGAGGAGGUGGAGUCCAAACGAUGGCAGAAGAUCGCAGACGAACUGGGGAACAGGACGGCCAAACAGGUCGCCAGCCGAGUGCAGAAGUAUUUCAUCAAACUGACAAAAGCCGGCAUUCCAGUACCGGGACGAACUCCAAACCUGUGCAUGUACAACAAAAAGGUGUCCAACAAAAGGCAGCACCACUUGAACAAACACUUGUACCGACCAUCCACCUUUCUCACGUCCUACGAGCCGCCCGUCUACAUGGAGGAUGAGGACGAGCGUUCCAGCUUCUUCUGCAGUCUGCAGGACGGCAACAUGCCAGACUCGGAUGAUGAGAGCAUACCGGUGGAGCUGAGGCACCUACCAGAGUACAAGGAGCUGCAGGAGCUGCAGAGAAUCAGGAAGCAUAAGAUCCGGGAGCUGCACAGUGAGAGCUCGCUUCCCCAGCAUGUUGGCUACAAGUGUGAUGUGUGUGGCAUGGAGCCGAUCCAGGGAGUGCGGUGGCAUUGCCAGGACUGCCCGCAGGACAACGCCGUGGACUUCUGCGCCAACUGUGCUGACUGCACGUUCAAGACUGAGACCCACAAGCCGAGUCACCGACUGGAGCCGGUCCAGCAGACCGAAAGCUUCCUGGACAGAGACUACUGCCUGCCUGCGAGCACCGCCUACAACUACCUGGACCCCAACUACUUCCCUGCUAACAGAUGACAGGAGCAAGGUGGGCCGCUCAAACCCGGGUCCGGGCUCGGUUCAUCCAGUCGCCAGAGGCAGAUCCGCUCACAGCCGGAGGAUUCGUCAGGAGUCCUCUGCCCGAGCUAACACGCCCAUCUCCAACGCAAUGCCAGGAAUGUACGGCUGCGUCCCGAAUCGUCUCCACUCGCAACCCUCACCCUCCUGCUGUCAGCACAUGGUAGAAGUGCGACUGUGUGUGUGUGUGUGUGUACGUGUGUGUUGGUUUGUGUCUGUGCGUUUGUGUAUGUGUGUGUUGGCAGAGGCGAGGACGUGCUUCAGGCCGACACGGCGCCUCUAGCGUGCUCUUACUAGCUAAACACGAACGAGGGUGGAGAUGAAGGGGACUCGGUGCUGACUUUCCAUUCACACCAGAUUUUUAACCAGUCAGAGGAGGAUUUGCUAACCAGUCGGACGUUCUUAACGGUCAAAUCCCAGUCGACGGACCCUGAACACUUUUACUAAAAGCUGCUUGGGUUUCUUUUUUUUUUUUUUUUCGCACCCCAGCCUUACAUCAUGUUGAUCUUUUGUUUUUACCGUAAAGCUCCAACCCAUGAAGCACUACAGCACGGACGAGACCAGCGGAGACCAGCUAAUGCGCACUUGAUAGGUUUCAUAGCGUAUCUGUUAGCGUAUGAACGCGGGACGUCGUUUUCUUCCCCCCUUCCCUCUCAGUGUGUACUGUUGUCGAUCAUGUGGAGUAUACAAACGUACAGUGAAUCUAGCCAGUGGUAGGUGCUGUGCCAUUUAUUUUUUGAAUUUUUCUUUUUUCUUUUUUUUUUUUAAUCGUCUGUAUGAUUCCAUGUCUCAUUUUAGAAGAAGAGUUAAAAAAAGGAAAGGAGCUUGUGGUGGAGAACUUGCCCAAUCACGCAUAGUCUUUAUUUUUCCCCCUCGUGGUCCACAAGCAAAUUGUAUUUUUAUUGAUCUAUUUAAACGGCUACUUCGCCAGAAAAGAGUAAGAUACCGAGGCGGUGGCUGCUGCCGGCGUGGAACUUCCACCCAUGUUAUUUUAUACACACAGAUUUUGUUGUGCUUCGAGUAACCCGUUUCGUAUCGGAUCGUUUCGUUUAACCCACCCCCCUUCGCCCCGCUUCAAUAUCAAUGUAUAACAGUCUGUUCUUAAAUAAUGUUCACAUGUUAGAGAAGAACUGUGGAAAUUAAAGUAUGUGAAAAACGUUUCUACA